UUCGUGAAGGUGAUCGUGCGAGCGAAGCGGUCUGGCUUGGAUUGGAAGCUGCGGCGCGUUUCUCGGGUCGUUAUUCCUGUUCCGGGCCGCCCGCUAUAAUUUUUUUCUGACAUAGAACGGGCCGUUCGUACCCCCAGGGUCGUCCACGCUUUUGAUCACAACUUUUAAAGCUGAAAAGGACGAACAAUCCUCCAUUAUGAGCCGCUUCGCUGACGUUCAGACUGCCCCACCAAUUGAAGUAUUUGCCCUGACAAGAGGGUUUAAUGCCGAUCAGCAUCCCAAAAAAGUGAACUUGGGAGUUGGAGCAUACCGAUCAGAAGAGGGAAAGCCAUGGGUUCUGCCAGUGGUGCGGAAGCUGGAGGUUAUGCUGGCCGCCGACGAGACGCUGAACCACGAGUACCUACCAGUGCUUGGACUGGAUGCCCUCUCCAAGGCUGCUGUGCACUUGCUUCUGGGAACAGACUGCCCUGCUGUCAUAGAGAACAGGGCGAUCGGCGUGCAGGCGCUGUCCGGCACGGGCGCGCUCUACAUCGGCGCCCUGUUCCUGCGCAAGAUCCUCGGCUACGACACCUACUACUACUCGCAGCCCACCUGGGGAAACCACAAGCUCAUCUUCGACACUGCGGGCUUCAAGCAGGGCCGCGCCUACCGCUACUGGGACCCCAAAACCAAGAACAUCGACUUUGACGGCAUGUGCGAGGACCUGCGGCAGGCGCCGGAGAACUCGGUCGUCAUCCUGCACGCAUGCGCGCACAACCCGACCGGCUGCGACCCGACGGACGAGCAGUGGAAGCAGCUGUGCGAGAUCAUCCGCGAGAAGAAGCUGUUCCCGUUCUUCGACUCGGCGUAUCAGGGCUUCGCGUCGGGCGACCCGGACAAGGACGCCAAGGCCGUCCGGCACUUCGCCAAGGAGGGCCUGGAGCUUUUCUGCUCGCAGUCCUUCUCCAAGAACUUCGGGCUGUACAACGAGCGGGUCGGCAACCUGACGGUGGUGAUGUCGGACCCGGAGCUGGCGGCCGCGGUGCAGACUCAGCUGACGCUGGUGGUGCGCGCCACGUACAGUAACCCGCCGGCGCACGGGGCGCGCGUCGUCGCCGCCACGCUCACCAACAAGGACCUCUUCGCCGAGUGGCAGGACUGCAUCAAGGUGAUGUCGGCGCGGAUCAUCCAGAUGCGGGAGGCGCUGCGCGACCGUCUGGUGAAGCUGGGCACGCCCGGCACCUGGGACCACAUCACCAGACAGAUCGGCAUGUUCUCCUUCACCGGCCUGACGCCGCAGCAGUGCGAGUACCUGAUCAGCGAGCACCACAUCUACAUGCUGCGCAGUGGCCGCGCCAACAUGGCCGGCCUCAGCAGCGCCAACCUCGACCACGUAGCAGCUGCCAUCCACGACGCCGUCACCAAGUUCCCCGCCUAGAGCGCGCGCGCGUGACUCCAGCUGACGGCGGGCCGGCCGACGCCCCGCACGCGGCUGCCAGCACCGCCGUGCUCAGCUGGCGGAGCUGGGAUCGGAGUUACGCGGCUGUGGUGUGUUAUAGAAGCAGUAAUAGUGAGAACUGCGCGCAUUUCGCCUUCAUUUUACGGAAGCACUGCCGGUGUGGACUGUCGGUAGAUGGGUGUUUUACUGCUUGUAGUCUGUUAAAUACCAAGUCUUGGUUACGAUGGCAUGAUGAAUCCCUGUUAUGCCUGUGGCCAGUUAAACGGACAAUAUUGGUUACAGUCUCGUUAUACUUGCCCGUUGUGGAAUGCGUGCAGCAGCGUGCUCAGAAAUAUGACGAUCCGGGAAUGACAUCGUUUGUCUGUCCGAUGCGUGGACGCACAUCGCAUGCCUGUGUUCUUGCACAACGUAUUUAGGCGACUGGUGGGGGAGUGUCGCAGAGGUCAUUGAUGCUGGAGUGUGAUCGGUGUUUGGCGUAAGAAACGGCAAAACAAUUACUCAA